GGCCAAUAGGAGGCCUCAGGCGGGUGCGGCCCCGCCCGCCGGGGGCUCCAGCUGUUGUUGUGGCGGCUGGCCGGGCCCGCGGGGAGCCAGCGAGGCCGGAGCGCGAGCGAGGCCCGGGCGUCCGCGCGCCGCCCAUGGAGGCCGCAGCUGGAGCCGGCCCGGCCGAGGCCGCGGGGCCCGAGGCGCUGAGCUGCUUCUCCUACAACCAGGACUGCACCUCCCUGGCCAUCGGAACCAAAACUGGAUACAGGCUUUUCUCCCUAAGUUCUGUGGAACAGUUGGACCAAGUCCAUGAAAACAAUGAAAUCCCGGAUGUUUACAUCGUGGAGCGCCUCUUCUCCAGCAGCCUGGUGGUCGUGGUGAGUCACACCAAGCCUCGGCAAAUGAACGUCUAUCACUUCAAAAAAGGGACAGAGAUCUGCAACUAUAGCUAUUCCAGCAACAUCCUGUCCAUCCGGCUGAAUCGGCAGAGGCUGAUUGUUUGCCUGGAGGAGUCGAUUUAUAUUCAUAACAUUAAGGACAUGAAGCUUUUGAAGACAAUCCUGGAUACCCCUCCGAAUACAACAGGUUUAUGUGCACUUUCUAUCAACCAUUCCAACUCCUACUUGGCGUACCCUGGCAGCGCGACUAUUGGGGAGAUUGUGUUUUACGACGGAAAUAAUUUGAGAACAGUCUGCACAAUUCCUGCCCACGAUGGGCCCCUCGCUGCAAUAACCUUCAACUCCACAGGGUCGAAGUUAGCAAGCGCUUCAGAAAAAGGCACUGUCAUUCGUGUAUUUUCCGUACCUGAUGGGCAAAAACUCUACGAAUUCAGAAGAGGAAUGAAGAGGUACGUGAACAUCAGCUCUCUCGUGUUCAGUAUGGACUCGCAGUUCCUGUGUGCUUCGAGUAACACCGAGACCGUGCACAUCUUUAAACUGGAACAUACCACUGACAGCCGUCCAGAAGAGCCUCCCACCUGGAGUGGUUACAUGGGAAAGAUGUUUAUGGCUGCUACCAACUACCUCCCUGCUCAAGUGUCGGACAUGAUGAACCAGGACCGAGCCUUUGCCACUGUGCGCUUGAACUUCUCUGGACAACGGAACAUCUGCACGCUCUCCACGAUUCAGAAGCUGCCACGACUCUUAGUUACAACAUCAGACGGACACCUUUACAUCUACAACCUAGACCCUCAAGAUGGAGGAGAGUGCGUCUUAAUUAAGAAACACAGCCUGCUCGGCUCGGGAAAGACGGACGAGAACAAAGAAAAUGACCUCCGGCCUCCAUUACCUCAGUCUUACGCAGCAACCGUAGCCCGACCAAGUACGAUGCCUUCAUCUUCAUCCAGGCCAGGUUACUCAGAAGAUGGGGGUGCCCUGCGAGGAGAGGUUAUCCCAGAGCACGAAUUUGCAACCGGACCAGUGUGUCUCGAUGACGAGAAUGAAUUCCCUCCUAUAAUCUUGUGCCGUGGAGAUCACCCGGGCAAAGUGAAGAGGUCAUGAUGAGACGCCAACCUCAGGAUUCGGGACAGGCGCUGGGAGGUGGUUUGGAAAAACCCAGCAGUGUGGAAGAACGGAUUUGUGGGUGCCUACAACAGGGCGAAUAACCAGAGGUGCUGCAUUGCUUUUACAACAGUAUGUUCAAGUGGUUACCUCACCCCUCUGGCCCUGUGUUUGACAUGGGAUAUGGGAGUGGUAUAAAUGUACUGCAUGCACAGUGCUAUAUUUAACAAAGGAGACAUUAAAACCCCGUUGUAAAUGCUAACCUGACCAGAUUUGUAUGUAACCUGAAUUUUCUAUACAUCGGUUUCCCUUUUCUAAUUUAUGCUGUUUUAUGUGUAUAAAGUCUAUUAAACUAUGUCUUUGUACAGUAUAUACAUACUAUUUUAUCCAUGCAGAGUAUUUUUGCAGUGAUAUUAGGGGGAAAUCUCCCCAUUUAUUAUGUUUGAGCUCUACCAGAAGACUAGUAAUAAAGUCGUCAUAUGUCAGUG